UGACCGCCUUCCGGACUCCCCCUGCUCUGACCGCCUUAAACGUCCCGGGGUCAUUUUGUGACUCCCCCGCAGAGCUGGGCCCGCCUGACCUGGCAGUGCCCGAGACCACCCGCACUGAGUCGUCUCGAGCCCUUGGGCCGCGUCCCGCCCCCGACGUCAGAGCGGGUGGGCGCUGCCCGUCCACCACCUCCUGGGCGCGGCUGGGGGAGGCCGUGCGGGGGGCUGCGGGCCAGGGACGGCCACCCGGAUGGGGCCCUCCUGCGUGUGCCCACGCCAGCCUUCGCUCUGCCUCCGGCCGGCGCCCGUGACGCGGGAAAGGCCCGGACCCGGAGCGGCCGCCCAGCCUCCCUCAGGGGCUGGGCAGUCCCCGAUGUCCGUCCCCGCUCCCACCCCGCUCUGGACUUCAGAUUCAGCCGCAGGGAGGGGGCGAUCGCGCCUGUGCUCCGGGUCAGGGUUUGUUUUCACACCCCGCCGGCAGAGGUGCGGGCCAGGGGCAGGGGGCAGGGGGCCAGGCCCGGGCUGGGCGUGGCCCGAAGGCGGCCUUCGCUCCCGGGUCACGGCCAGGGCGCGGGGGCGUGGCCAGCAGGGUCGGGCCCGGAAGCGCGAGGCCCCGCCCCGCGGCCCCGGGUGUCCGCGCGCGUGUUGCCGAUAAAGUUUUCCCGAGCGGAAGCGCGGCGGCCGGUCACGUGAGCGGAAGAUGGCGGCCGCGGCGGGCGGCGGUGCCUCCGCGGUGUCCGUGCUGGCUCCGAACGGGCGGCGCCACACGGUGAAGGUGACGCCGAGCACGCUGCUGCUGCAGGUUCUGGAGGACGCGUGUCUGCAGCAGGACUUCAGCCCCAGCGAGUAUGAUCUCAAGUUUCAGCGGAAUGUGCUUGACCUGUCUGUCCAGUGGAGAUUCGCCAACCUGCCGAACCAUGCCAAACUGGAGAUGGUGCCUGCAUCCCGGAGCCGUGAGGGGCCCGAGAGCAUGGUGCGUGUGGCGCUGCAGCUGGAGGACGGCUCACGCCUGCAGGACACUUUCCGCGCGGGACAGACGCUCUGGGGGCUGCUCAGCCAUUUCCCGCAGACAAGGCAGCGCCUGGAGCAGCCGUGCGGGGCGACCCCCGUCUGCGUGCACAUGAGGGAUGAGGUGGCUGGCACAGCUGAGCUCCAGCACAGGACACUGCGGUCACUCGGUCUCACCGGCGGCAGCGCCGUGAUCAGGUUUGCCAUGGAGUGCCGUGACUCGGCGUCCACGCAGGCGCCCAGGGACUCUGGCCCUGAGCCACUGCUGCCAGACUCGCGGGCGCCAAGCCCCCCGCUGCCCACCGGGCCUGCAGGGUUCAGCCACGGGGACUGCGGCCAGGAGGCGGCGGCAGGGCCCACAGAUGACCCCGGGGAGCUGCCCCGCCCCGAGCCCACAGCCCCCGUCUCUGCCGCUUUCUCCGGAGGUGGCCAGCGGCUGGGGCACCCCCUGGGGCCCGUGAGGUCCCUGCCGGCAACUGCCACUAAGUCACAGAAGCCCGUCUCCAGCCCCGGGGGCCCCUCCAGGCCCAAGAAGUCGAAGCCAGGGCAGGAGCCCUUGCAGGAGCUCGAGCUGUCUAUGGAUCGCAGCCCGGUGGUCUGUCACCCUGACCUGGAGGAGCUGCCACCGGCCUGGCCGGCUGAACUGCCCGACGACUUCUUUGAAGUCACCGUGGACGAUGUGCGCCGCCGCCUGGCCCAGCUGGAGAGUGAGCGGAAGCGCCUGGAAGACGCCCCCUUAGUGACCAAGGCCCUCCGGGAGGCACAGGCCCAGGCAAAGCUGGAGCACUACCCCCAGGUGGCGCUGCGUGUGCUCUUCCCCGACCGCUACACCCUGCAGGGCUUCUUCCGGCCCCUCGAGACAGUGGGGCACCUGCGGGCCUUCGUGAAGAGUCACCUGAGAACCCCGGAGCUGCCCUUCUACCUAUUCACUGCUCCCCCUAAGACCCUGCUGGACGACAGCCUGACCUUCUUCCAGGCCAACCUCUUCCCUACUGCCCUCAUACACUUCGGAGCGGAGGGGCCCCCAGGCGAGGGCCCCUACCUGGAGCCCCAGCUGCUGGCACGUACCGUGGCUCCGUCCGCAGCAGAUGAGCUGGUGGCCAGGCACAUGUCCAGAGCCACCAAGACCCCAGCACUGCCCCCGGCUGCCCCUGCUACAGUGCCCAAGUCAGAGCCUCCCCUUGAGGCGUCCGAGCACCUGCCCAGCCCUGUGCCAUGCCCGCCUGCGAGGAGGGACCUGGGCAAGGUUCCCAAGUGGCUGAAGCUGCCAGCCAGCAAGAGGUGAGAUGCCAGCCUGGAGGUGCCUGCCGUCCUCUGCCCAGCAAGAAUAAAGUGGCUUUUCUCCGGUCA